UUCAAAUUCAAUGACGGACUUUAUGGUAAAGGUAUUUGAGCAUUUAAGUUUAUUAAGGACAUUUGCAGACACAAAUAAAGGAAGAAAUGUGGAUUUCAAUCAUGUUAUAUCUGUUGACGAUACAUGUUCGCAAGGGAUGAGAGCCGGGAGGCGUUGUCUGUGACGAUACGUCUCUCCAUGAAUUGGUCUGACCAGCGUCUGACGUGGAACCCUGCACAGUACGACGGUGUCCAGAAACUAUUUCUGCCCGCAGACACAAUUUGGCUGCCUGACGUCGGCAUUCAUAACACAGUGGAUGGUCUCAUAUCAGAGCCAAGCACGAGUCACCUGGCCGAGGUCUCACAUGUCGGUCAUAUCCUCAUGGUUUCCGUCAUGCACGUGCAAACGUACUGUAAAAUGACGUUGACGGAAUUUCCACGAGACGUUCAUGUUUGUGACGUCAUCAUUGGAUCGUGGAUUUACUCAGCUAAAACCCUGAUCCUCGAAUCCUGGAACGGGAUGACGGUGAUCGAGCAGGUGCCCGUUUCCUCGGAUAUUGAUGACGUCAUACCAUCACGUGACGGGCGGUCCUGGGAGUUGUUAGGCCGUGCUGCGUCCGGCGCCAUUAAACUGGUUUCUUACGAUUGCUGUCCAGGCGAGCGUUACGUGCAACUGACGAUGACAUUGACGUUACGUCGACACGCGCCCUCUCUCUGGCUGACGUUAGUAGUUCCGCUGCUUGUACUAUCGUUCUUAACCGCAUUGCAGUUUGCCGUCCCCGCCGAAAACCCUUACAGGCCUAUCCAUGGUAUGUUGGUGGUUCUGGCGGAGAUGUUGUACGUUCACUCCAUGUUCUCCUACAUACCAGACAGCGUCGACCCUCCUAUCAUAGUUAAACUGGCGGUCGCCAACGUUCUGUGCGCUGCCAUUGCCCUCUGUGUCUCCCUGUUAGUCGGUCACGUGACAUCCACUUCCGUACGACAGCGGAAAAGGCUUCCACCACUGUUGGCCAAGAUUGUUGCCAUGACAUGCUACUCAACACAAGGUGACGGGCUUCUAAAACCACCGUCACGUCCUGAAAAUGCUCCUACUACGGGAGAUGAAACAUGCACUUUAUUUUCCCAUAAUAACGCGAAAACGUCUAAUAACCCGGUUGCUUAUAACGAGAUAUAUAUCUAA